CAGUAGAGCAACCGGCUGCCCAAUAGUCAGAUCAAUACAUUUUAAGCGUCACUUGGUUUAGCAGAGCCACAGAGGCAGAACGCAUAACGCAGAAGCAGAGCUUGGUGUGCCUGAGCCACCGCACACCCACCAGCACUUUUCACCAUCUUCGUGUCCCAAAAGGGCAACUGGAAGGAGAAGGAAGAGAUAGAAAAACAUGGACGAUAUAGCCAAAGAAGAGGGGAAAAAUAUGGAGGAGGCUGAAGAAAACAAAAGUUUGAGCCAUACCCAUGUCCAUGCACAACUUGAAGAGGGUCAAGAACCAAACCCCAACCCUGUUGAUAGUGUAGAAUUGGAGACCCAGAACAGCAUUCAUGACAUUGGUGUUGAAGAAUUGCAUAAUGACAUUCAAGGUUCGGCUGAUUCUGUUCCCACUGUCUUCAAAACUCCUGAAGAUGCUAACAUUACUAACAAUUCCUCCAAUGAGCCGCAUGCCAGUAGUGAAAGUGUUAACCUUGUUAGCAAUGUGGAUUCUGGUGUGCACUGUGAGAGUGAGGUUUCUGUGAAGAUUGAAAGUGAACAGAAUGAUGGUGAGAAAGGGGAGGCACUGAGGGAUGAUGUGGACAUCAAAGUCAACCCGACCACUGAAUUAUGUGGCAGUGCAGAGACUGAUAAUCUUGUCAGUGAUGGUGGUUCAAGUCAGACUGCGAUCCCCAUGGAGAUUGAAAAGGAAGAAGAUGAUGUUGAGGAAGGGAAGGCACUGAAGGAGGGGGUGAGCAGCAAGGCCAACCCCUCCAAUGAACCAGAUAUCAGUGUUGAAACUAAUAAUGUUGCCUGUGAGAUGGAGCUUGAUAUCCCUCGUGAUAGUGAGGUUGCAAUGGAGAAACUGAUAGAUGGGGUGAGCAAAGAGGCCAAUCCCUCCAGUGAACCACAUAUCAGUGCUGAAAUUGGUAAGGUUGUUUGUAAGGUGAAGCCUGAUAUGCCUCCUCAGGUUGCAACAGAGAAACUGAUAAAUGGGGUGAGCAGCGAGGCUAAACCCUCCAAUGAACCGCAUAUCAGUGCUGAAGCUGAUAAUGUUGUUUGUAAGGUGGAGCCUGCCAUGUCUUGUUAUACUGAGGUUGCAAUGGACAAACUGAUAGAUGAGGUGAGCAGUGAGGCCAACCCCUCCAACGAAACAUAUAUCAGUGCUGAAACUGAUGGUGCUGUUUGUGAGGUGGAGCCUGAUAUGCCUCUUGUUGAUAGCAAGGUUGCAAUGGAGAAACUGAUAGACGGGGUGAGCAGUGAGACCAACCCCUCCAACGAACCACAUAUCAGUGCUGGAACUGAUGGUGCUGUUUGUGAGGUGGAGCCUGAUAUCCCUCUUGUUGAUAGCAAGGUUGCAAUGGAGAAACUGAUAGAUGCGGUGAGCAGUGAGGCCAACCCCUCCAAUGAACCACAUAGCAGUGCUAAAACUGAUGAUGUUGUUUGUAAGGUAGAGCUUGAUAUGCCUCGUGAUAGUGAGGUUGCAACAGAGAAACUGAUAGACCGGGUGAGCAGUGAGGCCAAUCCCUCCAAUGAACCACAUAUCAGUGCUGAAACUGAUGAUGCUGUUUGUGAGGUGGAACCUGAUAUUCCUCGUCAUAGCAAGGUUGCAUCGGAGAAACUGAUAGAUGGGGUGAGCAGUGAGGCCAACCACUCCAAUGAACCAUAUAUCAGUGCCGAAACUGAUAAUGUUGUUUGUAAGGUGGAGCCUGAUAAAAUGCCUCGUGAUAGUGGGGUUGCUACGGAGAAACUGAUAGAUGGGUUAAGCAGCAAGGCCAACCCCUCCAGUGAACAGCAUAUGAGUGCUGAAACUGAUAAUGUUGUUAGUAAGGUGGAGCAUAAUGUGCCUCUUAAUAAUGAAGUGGAAAUGGAGACUGAAUCUGAUGAUGAUGGUGAGAGAGGUGGGACACCGAAAGGGGGGGUGAGCAGCAAAACGAUGCUGUCUUUGAGUACUGAAAUAAAUGAGCACAUGUUGAAACCCAAGUUUUAUGUAGGACGGAAGGUUGGGAUGAAGAGGUUAGACCCAAAGCAAUCUUCUCUCUCAGGUCCAGGUGCUGCUGAGGAUGAUGAGUCAGGGACUGAGGAGGAGCAAGCGGCAUUCAUGAAGGAGGUGGAGAAUGUAUAUAAAGAGAGGAACUUGGAAUUUAAAGCCCCAAAGUUCUACAGAGAGGAAUUAAAUUUGCUCAAGUUAUGGAGAGCUGUGAUCAAACUUGGUGGCUAUGAAAAGGUUACUUCGUGCAAGUUGUGGCGUCAGGUCGGAGAAACAUUCAAUCCCCCAAAGACCUGUACAACUGUCUCUUGGACUUUUCGAAAUUUUUAUGAGAAGGCAUUACUUGAAUUUGAAAAGCAUAGACUGCAUGGCGGUGAGCUUGCUCUUCCUGCAGAGCCUACUAAAAUUGAGAAUCGGGCUGAUGGCAGCCAAACUUUAGGAUCAGGCAGGGCACUAAGGGAUGCUGCAGCUCGUGCCAUGCAGGGUUGGCAUUCUCAACGCCUUCUUGGUAAUGGUGAGGUCGGCGAUGCAAUUAUUAAGGAUAAGAACUCGAGUACCGUGCCAAAAAGUGACAAGCAGCUUAAAAGUUCUGGUUUACUAAAGCGGAAAAAGCCAUCUCAUGUGGAUUCUGCUAUCCAGGUUGCUGACAUGAAAGCUAUAAAGCCACGAUUGGACAUAAUGGUAUUUGAUAUUGGACGCCCAGCAGAUUGGGUGAAGGUUAACGUGAAAAGAUUUAAUGAUUGCUUUGAGGUAUAUGCCUUAGUUCCUGGACUUCUUCGUGAGGAGGUGCAUGUUCAGUCUGAUCCAGCUGGGCGCCUGAUUAUAUCUGGUCAACCAAAGCAACUGGAUAAUCCUUGGGGUGUCACACCCUUUAAGAAGGUUGUCAGCCUACCUUCGAGAAUCGAUCCACAACAGACAUCUGCUGUGGUGACCUUGAAUGGCCAAUUGUUUGUGCGUGUGCCAUUUGAACAGUCAGAUUUUUAAACUGUAGAGAUGAAUAUCCUGUCUGUCCCCCCAGUACAGAGCUUUGGUUGCUUUUGAGAAGAUAGAAUACAAGUAGUUUUGGUUUGUUCAUACUUAUAUUUGGAUCUCAAGCCUAUGCAGUUGGAUGUAUCUAAUUCGCCAAUCUAUAAUUAUUGUUCCCAGCAGUUAUAGUUAAAUGAUGAGACUCAUGUAAAUAUGCGGUACUCUUGGUCACUAUUUUUUGGAUUCCAAUGAUUUGGGUCUCCUAUUCUUAAGAAUUUAGCUACAUUGUGGAUAAAAUUGCAAUCUCAACUUUUAUGUUUCCUCUGUU